CAACAAGGGGCGGUACCGACUGGCUGGGACUGGGAGCACAGAGACCCGAGAGAUUCUUUCCUGCUUUCAUGAUAACAGGAUUGUCCUGAUCACCUUGGUGUUGAUUGCAGGGGCCCACACAAUUGGCUGCCACCUGGACCGAGAGAUAAGGAGCUGUGGUCCCAUUGAUCAAGUCUGGGGCGCCACAGGCACGCAGGAUGAAGGUCCCGGGCGAAAACUUCAUCAGUCUGCAAGGUCUCGUUAAAACCUGGAUCACAAGCUUACCGCGUAUCCCUGCAACCAAUAUAUCGGUGGCAGGCAGCAAGGGCUAUGUGGAGAUGGAUGCGUGGGGGAAGAACACCCUCAGUCCUGGCUCCACAGGGAGCCCCAAAGUGCUCGCAGAAGGGCAAAGCUGUCAGGAAAGUCUGUUCGCGAGAUCCGUUCUGCUGUCACUGUUAGCUCCAGGUCACCCUUGUAUCUGGCAUCUGUCAUGGUGUUCAUCAAGCAUCCAAUCAAAAACCAUCCUUCCUUAUCGCGAGCCGACUUCACUCACAACCCGGAAUGAGAAUACCCCUCAUUUGUGGCUUCUGGCAGGAACAAGGGAUAUUGUUCGUCAUUGGGUCACGAUGUGUUUCUUCAAGACGAGGGGAUCUGUGAGAGCCAGGAAACAACGAAGGGCUACUUCCUAUCUCACAACCUGGAACCCAUGGAGCAGUAACACGACCCCCCACCCUAGCCACGAUUUUGAUGAUGGCGUGCCCAUCCGUAUCAGCAUCUUUAAAGUUAAAUUCCUUGUAUAUGCUCUAUCCAUAAGUAUCUUGAAGGGAGACUGCAAACCUCGUCCGACCCUUAUCUUAACAUCGGGGUUUACAUGAAUACUUCUAGUCUCGAUUAGUGUAGUCGUACAUAAA